ACUAAAGCACAUUUACUCUCUCUCACUCUGGCUCUCAGUGCCUCUGUCCAGACUGCCGCUUCAGACCACACCGCCCCUUUCCAUUCAAACCAACUUUUAGCCACACUUCUGAGAGUGUGAGCCAGCAUUUCAUCCACAGUCUACUGUGCACUUUCAGGAGCCUCUUAAUCUGUUAAAGUUUCAGCUGGAGAAAAGUGACCAACAGUGACCAUGAUGAGGAUCAUACUGCUGCUGCUGGUCACCCUGACAGGGCCUUUCUGUACCUUUACCCGAGCAAGUACUCUGGUGGCGCCAACAGCUAUUGAUAGAACUCCAGAACCAAAUAUCGGAUCAGAUUCGCCUGCUUUCACAGGCAAAACAGAGAAACCAGCUCCUCAAGAUACUGUUUCAACGUCAGAGCCUGCUCCAGAGGCUACAGAAGCAGCUGCCUCGACAGAAGAAGUGCCACUGGCUUCCACAGCAGCACCAGUGAUACAAUCAGAAACCUCAUUAGAAACAACAGCCCCAACAGAUUCAGCACAAUCAACAGAAGCUGGACCUGCAGAGACGACUGGCCCUGAAAUCACUACUGUCACAGAAGAAACUAAGAAAGCUGAAGUGACUGUAUCUAUGAAUGUGGAGGAUGAAGGUAUGGGCGCAGGACAGUUGGCAGGGAUUGUAAUCGGCGCAUUGAUUGCAGUGAUUGUUGUCAUUGCUGUAAUCAUCUUGGUGGUCAGAAGAAUGGGCCAAUACUCCCCCUGAAAAGAAAGGCACGACAGGAAGAUAAGAAGAAGAAAUCCGGGAAGUUCUGAACUAUUGUUCUGAUAUUAAAAACAAUCCAUCCAUCCAGGACUAUAAGGGGAGCAGGAGAGUGUCCCAUCCCCUUUCCCAUUGAAAAAGAUGCCCUCCCACAAAAACGCCUUCCUAAUGCCCACAAGUCCCUUUAUUUAGCCUGAAAAGCCUCAUUUAUCCCAACAGUGGGAGGCCACAGGAAGUUACAGUAUCUUUUUUGAAUGCAUAUUAAUGUAACAGGAGAUUAAUGAAUGUUGAAUUGUAAAGGGCCUAAUAAACAAAAACAAACAAACAGCUGCCCAAACAGCAAGCUUUAGCUUGCAUGUUUUUAUUCCACUGAGUGUAAAUAUCAUACAGAAAAAAAAUGAAUCCAAAAUCAUUAUUCUUUUCCCCAUUCUACAGAUGUGUCCAAUAGGACUAUGACGCAUUACGAACAGUCUAUGAACUGUCGUGAGCAGAAGCUGAGGACACAUUCUGUUCUCAAGAUGUGUAAACGGCAUUGACUAUAAAUAUUUUUUUAAAUUAUUAGUUAAGGGGAGCAGCACGCAAUAAGUGCUUGAGAUUUCCUCGUUUGAAGUGCAUUAAUACGGAGUGACUUGACUGUCUUGUUCUUAACUGUCACCCAUUCCAAAAGUGACAUCACUUCCUCUGGAACGCAUCAUUUAUUGCUUAGCUCCAGCGCACAGCUGCUAUUGGCAUGUAUCUCUAAAAUCCUGAUGUUCCUCAGCCUGGACUACAUCAUUUUAACAGCAUACAGACAUUUUGCAUGGUAUAGUUGAGUUAGCAUUUCUUUUUGUCAGUGUUGGGGUUUGCGUUUCUUUAUGACGUUCGAGAGCGUUGCUAUCCUGUGCUUUGCUUUAAGAGAUCAGUAUUAGGUGCACUGAAUGAUGAAGAAUAAAUGUUUAAUAUUGAGAAGACACUGCAGUUGUUUGCAACGAUAUUUUGUGUUUUUUGCUUGCCAGAUUCCUCUUUAUUUCCCAUUACUCCAUGAUCUCAUUUUCCCAUUUGAUGUCAGAAUCCAGUUAAAGCCGUGAGUUUGUCUUUGUAUUUUGGGGGUGGUGUUUUUUUUUUGUUCUUAUUGUUCAAUCAGUUUCAAUAAAAAAAAGUUCCAAAGUA